GUCUGGUUGAAUACGCUGUGGUUUUCCAGCCUUAUUCUCAGCCUGACGUCCGCCUCUGUGGGAAUCAUGGUCAAGCAAUGGCUAAACGAGUACAGCAGCGGAAUAUCCGGAACCUCCCGUCCUGUUGCUCGCGUGCGCCAGUACCGUCUGAGCAAUCUCAGGACGUGGCACGUCGAGGACGUCGUUGGCAUCAUUCCCACUCUGCUUCAGCUCGCCCUAGCACUUUUCCUCGCCGGAAUCCUCAUCCUUCUCUGGAACCUUCACAGCACUGUUGCCGCCAUCGCCUCGACCCUCGUCGGCCUGCUUGGUGUGUUCACUGUCACCGCCACCCUGCUUCCG